GGCCACAGCGUUUGGGGUAGAUGACGUCACGCGGCCGCGGGCGCUCGCUUGGUAGGGUGUGCUGGGGCGUAGAGUUUAGGGUCCUGAGGCUGCCUCUGCGUGUCAACUCAGUGGAGUCUCUCGACCGCCCUUUGUUACCCUCCUUUAGUGACCAGAAGGCUGGAGUUACGUAAUCUGCCCCUACAGCUAAAACGACGGGGGCCUGACGGCGUGGCCUGGAGGGGCGCGCUGAGCCCCUAAUGGGUGGUGCCUUCCUGGUGCGGCCGCACAGGCGGGGCCGGGCGGAAUCCAAGCACGAUGUGGACAGGGAGCCUUGGGAAUGAACAGGAGCCUGCCUGUGGGAGCAUGUGGGAAAGGUUCAACUCAGGAAUGUUUCUUGGGAGCCAUCUCCUUGAAGUGUAAUUGUUCGCUGGGUGCGGUGGCUCACGCCUGCAAUCCCAGCACUUCGGGAGGCUGAGGCAGGCGGAUCACAAGAUCAAGAGAUCGAGACCAUCGUGGCCAACAUGCCUGGAAUUGUCUCGCCAUUUAAACGAGUAUUCCUAAAAGGUGAAAAGAGUAGAGAUAAGAAAGCCCAUGAGAAGGUGACAGAGAGGCGCCCUCUGCACACUGUGGUGUUGUCAUUGCCUGAGCGCGUCGAGCCAGACAGACUGCUGAGCGACUAUAUUGAGAAGGAGGUAAAGUAUUUAGGUCAGUUAACGUCCAUACCAGGAUACCUGAAUCCCUCCAGUAGGACUGAAAUCCUGCAUUUCAUAGACAAUGCAAAGAGAGCCCACCAGCUUCCGGGACACUUGACUCAGGAGCACGAUGCUGUGCUCAGCCUGUCUGCAUACAACGUCAAGCUGGCCUGGAGGGACGGGGAGGAUAUCAUCCUCAGGGUGCCCAUCCAUGACAUCGCCGCUGUCUCCUAUGUUCGGGAUGACGCUGCACACCUGGUGGUCCUGAAGACAGCCCAGGACCCAGGGAUCUCCCCCAGCCAGAGUCUGUGUGCGGAAAGUUCCAGAGGCCUCAGUGCAGGCUCCCUGUCGGAGAGUGCAGUUGGGCCCGUGGAGGCAUGCUGCCUGGUCAUCCUGGCUGCAGAGAGCAAGGUCGCUGCGGAAGAGCUUUGCUGUCUGCUAGGCCAGGUCUUCCAGGUUGUUUACACGGAGUCCACCAUCGACUUUCUGGACAGAGCGAUAUUUGAUGGGGCCUCUACCCCCACCCACCACCUGUCCCUGCACAGCGCCAGCCACGUGACCUCUUCCACAGUCACAUCUUCCUUUGACUGUCAGCUUCCUCUGCAUUUCAGGACUCUUGCAAUCACAUUGAGCCCACCCAAAUUCUCCAGGGUCAUCUCCCUAUUUCAAGAUGACUCUUCUACAAAAGUGGACAUUAAGGAGACCUACGAGGUGGAAGCCAGCACUUUCUGCUUCCCUGAAUCUGUGGAUGUGGGUGGUGCGUCACCCCACGGCAAGACCAUCAGUGAGAGCGAGCUGAGCGCCAGCGCCACUGAGCUGCUGCAGGACUACAUGCUGACGCUGCGCACCAAGCUGUCAUCACAGGAGAUCCAGCAGUUUGCAGCGCUGCUGCACGAGUACCGCAAUGGGGCCUCUAUCCACGAGUUCUGCAUCAACCUGCGGCAGCUCUACGGGGACAGCCGCAAGUUCCUGCUGCUUGGUCUGAGGCCCUUCAUCCCUGAGAAGGACAGCCAGCACUUCGAGAACUUCCUGGAGACCAUUGGCGUGAAGGAUGGCCGCGGCAUCAUCACCGACAGCUUUGGCAGGCACCGGCGGGCCCUGAGCACCACAUCCAGUUCCACCACCAAUGGGAACAGGGCCACGGGCAGCUCUGAUGACCGGUCGGCGCCCUCAGAGGGGGAUGAGUGGGACCGCAUGAUCUCGGACAUCAGCAGUGACAUUGAGGCGCUGGGCUGCAGCAUGGACCAGGACUCAGCAUGAUGGACAGUGGAUGGGGGGCACCCACGCCUUCCGUGCAGUCAUCGUAGGCCUUCCCAGAAGGAGCUGCCCAGACCUGCGUGUCAGCCCUUGGUGGUGGCCAGGGAGAGGCUCCCGGCGCAGAUGGCCCCGGGCGGCCCAGGUCCUCUACUGUGAAGGAGCAGGGAGCUGCCGAGGGACACGAGCCUCAGUGCGGGGUGGAAGGCUCUUUGCCUUGUCCACCAGGGCUCAGCCAAGCCCUGCAGUGUGUCCCCGCUCGGGGAGGGCCCGGCUGAGCGGGCAGGGAGAGCCAGUCCUGUCGGCUGGGCCCUUGGACGGCUGUCAGUUUUGCACAUGAUGUUCCUAUUGUAACUCUCAGAGACCUUAAAAAGAAGUUUACUGCAAUGUGAAUAAUUUAA